AACCACACAGGAAAAGUCAGUGAGUAAUGUCACCUCAGCAUCAUCUUUCUUCUAUAAAAACAAGGUGCAAUGUUGUGAAGUAGCAAAUCCAACAAAACUUAGAUUUCGCCAUGAAAAGCUAUGGUCUGUUUCUCAUUCUUCUCGGUAUACAUGUUGCAAGUCCAAGCAUGAGCAUGGAAGAUAGUAUCUUGAGCAGACUGCGAACUCAAGAAAUUACCGUACAAGAUAUUCAGAUAGCUUUUAGGCAGAACAAGCUCACCUCAAGGAAGCUUGUUGAGUUUUAUAUUGGAGAAAUUCAAAGACUCAACCCACUCCUAAAGAGUGUGUUGGAGGUGAACCCUGAUGUGCUCUCUCAAGCUGAUAAGGCUGAUCAGGAACGCAAGGCCAAGGCACCUGUGUCACUGUCCAAGAUUCAUGGGAUCCCAAUUUUGCUCAAGGACAAUAUUGCAACAAAGGAUAAGCUUAACACUACUGCAGGUUCAUAUGCUCUUCUUGGGUCAGUUGUGCCACGCGAUGCAGGUGUGGUAGAGAAGUUAAGAAAAGCUGGCGCAAUCAUUCUUGGAAAGGCAAGCUUAAGUGAGUGGUCUUAUUAUAGGUCAAAUUCUAUGCCUAGUGGUUGGUCUGCUAGAGGUGGCCAAGUUGUGAACCCAUAUGUAGCAUCUGCAAGCCCGUGUGGAUCAAGCAGCGGAUCAGCAGUAUCAGUAGCUGCCAAUCUAGCUUCAGUCUCACUAGGUACUGAGACUGAUGGAUCCAUCUUGUGUCCAUCCAUUUCAAACUCCGUCGUUGGAAUUAAACCUACAUUAGGCUUGACAAGCCGGGCAGGGGUUGUUCCAGUCACACCUAGGCAGGACACUGUUGGGCCUAUUUGCAGGACAGUAGCAGAUGCUGUUUGUGUACUUGAUGCCAUUGUUGGUUUUGAUAAAAACGAUGCAGCUACCAGAAAUUCUUCCAAGUACAUCCCAAGCGGAGGCUAUGCACAAUUUCUCAAGGCGGAUGGGCUCAGAGGGAAGAGAUUGUUGAUAACACAUUAUCCCGGAUUUGGAUUUUCAAAUGACUCAGCUGUUGCCCAACUGUUUGAACCACAUUUAAGUAAACUAAGGCAGAAAGGUGCAAUUUUGGUAGAUCAUCUUGAAAUACCGAACAUCUUUGAGUACUUCGGUUUGAGUGGUGAAGACACAGCAACGUUAGUCGAAUUCAAAAUAGCUAUAAAUACUUACUUGAAGAACCUUGAGGCUUCCCCUGUUCGUACACUAUCAGAUUUAAUAAAAUUUAAUCGCCGGUUCUCUGAUUUGGAAAUGCUGAAGAAAUACAAACAAGACGUCUUCCUCGCUUCAGAAGCAACAAAUGGCACGGACGUUGCAUAUACGAAGGAUAUAGCAAACAUGAAGAGGCUUAAUAGAGGAUAUGUGAAGAUGAUGCGGAAAAAUAAGGUUGAUGCAUUUGUGACUCCAAGCUCAAAAUGUUCUCCUGUUCUUGCUAUCGGAGGACAUCCUGGAAUUAGUGUGCCUGCUGGAUAUGACGCUAAGGGAGUGCCAGUUGGAUUUUGUUUCGGUGGAGUGAAGGGAACAGAACCUAAAUUGAUUGAGAUCGCGUAUGCAUUCGAGCAGGCAACUAAAUUAAGAAAGCCUCCUUCAUUUCAACCUUGAAUUUUUGACGAUGUACUCUGCAAUCUAUAAGUAGAUGAGUUAAGUAAGACUAGUAGUGAGUCGGUCUCAAGCGGAGACUACUGUAUCAGCUCACGAAAUAAGACGAGUGUUCUAGCUUCUAGGGUCUAUGAUGUACUCUCAUAAACAUAAAUUAACUUGAUAUUGAAAAUACAUAGACAAGAAGAUAAAAAUAUAUAAAACACAAUUGUCAUCA